AUGAAUAAACCUUUACAUAGAAGGGGAAAUACGGAUCCUCAAAAAAGAUCAACAAUACCUAUCCCUAUUGCAAUUUACAAUCAACGUCAAGAUCAACAUCAAAAUCAAAAUCAAAAUUCACGUAACAAGAUGAUGAUUACUACUAGUACUAGUCCAACUUCACCUUCAAGUUCGAGACUGAAAAGUCAAACUCCAUUACCGUUCUCCCAAAUAGCUGUUCUGAUGGGUGUCAGAUUGGCUGAACCUAUCAUCUUCCCAUUCGUAAACCAAAUGGUGGAAGAGCUGGGAGUGACAGAUAAUCCUGAUCGUGUAGGGUUCUAUUCCGGUUUAGUUGAAUCAGUCUUCGCGUUUGUACAGUUCUUCACAGUGUAUCACUGGGCUAAAAUGUCGGAUAAAGUGGGAAGGAAACCAGUGAUAUUGUUCGGUUUGAUCGGAGUGGUGAUAUCGGGGUCUUUAUUUGGUCUAGCAACGUCUUUCUGGAUGAUGAUUUUCUUUCGAUGUCUAAGUGGGGCACUGAAUGGGAAUGUAGCGGUGGUUAGAGCGGCUAUUGGUGAUGUAACAGAUUCGACCAACUCAACAGAAGCCUUUGCAAUGUAUGGUUUAACGUGGACUGUAGGUGCUAUUAUUGGAAACGCAUUGGGGGGCGGACUAUCGCAUCCAUACGAAAGAUUUCCGAGCUGGUUUGGUUCCUUUGAGAUAUUCAGAAUACAUCCUUACCUUUUACCAUGUCUAGUAACAGCCGGUGGAACUUUGAUUGGCAUCAUAUUUUGUCUAGUAUUUUAUCAAGAAUCAUUACCUUCUAUAUCCCAUUCCAAUAAUUCAUCAAGAAGACCAUUAUCAUUCCCUCUCCUCUCCUUCAAAUCCUUCAAAGGGCAUAAACGACAUUUUUCAAGUAGUUCAUUAGUAUCCGAAGCCGAAACUUUAGUGGAUGGAAAUAACGAUGAUUCAUCAAGGGAUAUAUUAUCGAAAUUACCAAGAGGUGAAGAUGGUCCUGAACCAGAAUAUCAUCACUCAAUUGGAUCCGGACAAGGUAAACAAGGUCCCGAAUGGGGAUUUUGGAGAUUGAUGGAAAUUAGAAAAGUUAGAGUAAUGGCUGCUACUGGAUUCUUGAAUGCAUUCGUUCAAGGGGCUUGGGGAGCUGCGUCACUUUUGUUUUUCUUUGAUCGAAAUAAUGGUUUAUCCAUGUCGGCAUCAGCAAUAGGAACUGCUUUCGCAAUCAACGGAUUGUGGACAAUAUUAUGUCAAAUAAUCUUAUUAAAUCGAAUUAGACGUUGGUUAGGGAUUUCUUUAGGAUAUAAGGUACUCACGAUAGGAUGGAUAUUCGUUUGGUUAUUAUUACCGACAUUAAGAACGAUUUUAUUAGCUACUGAAGAUCCAUUACCCUCUCCAAACCCUUCGACUCAGUUUGGUAGUAACGACAAAUUACAGUUUGGUGAAACCAGAGGAUGGAUAAUUUCAAUUUCGGUCAAUUUAUACCUAUCUUUUGUAACUAUAGUCAAUAUGACUGGUAGUUUAUUGAUGGUUCUGAUUAAUACUUCUGCUCCUGACAAGGCUGCUUUAGGUGCUAUAAAUGGUAUAGCCACUGCUGUUGGUUGUAUGGCAAGAGUCAUCGGUCCUUCAUUGAUAUCAGCUUUAUUCGCUUACUCGAUGGACACGAACUUGCUAGGUGGAAGAGCAUGGUGGAUCUUCAUGAUUUUAAUGUCUUUGGUCAAUCUGGUAGUCUCAUUUUUGGUCGACAAAGACGAGGUAGAUGUCGCUUAUUCGACGUCGACUGAUGAAGUUUCGAUGAGUCUCUUACAAGAUCGAGAAGAUGAUGAAGAAUCAACGACCUCUGUCGAAGGAGGUAGAAGGGAAUUACCCAUUUAG